AUGUCUAAUCCUCUUACAUUUGUCCGUCAAAAAAUUCAAGAGCAAAACGUUAAGAAACUCGCGAAAAAGUCUCCUACAUCUCUUCCAAUUGUAUUACAAAAUCCACAGACUGCUGACAUCGUCCUCCGUUCAAUCAAAAACGAUAACGAAAUGCCAGCGCUACUUUUUGAUUGGAAUAAUUCAGGUUUCAACAAUAAUCCUGCAAAUCCAGGCCGCAACGGAAUUGCUGCUCAGACGCAAGCGGCAAUUGUUGCGAACUUGGUUGCGUAUGGAGCAACGGACUAUGGGAAUUAUGGCUUUCUUUUUAUUUUUCAAAGUGAUGCUGCAAUCGGAGUCUGGGCGAGAAACAUUAAAGUAAAUCUACCAUGGGUUAAAUCUCAACCUGGCGUGCCGGACGUUUGUAAUGCGUUAAUCAGAAUUAAUAGGGUAUCUCCAGUCACAGGAAAUAUUCAUCUUGAAGAUUUUUUAGCUGUCUUGGAAUGA